AUGCUAAAGUUGGCUCUAGCGUCUGGGAUGUCUUCUCGUGGACGCCCGUCGGGUUCCAAACGUGGAGUACUGCCCAAUCUUUCUCUUGCUGGUAAACGUGAAGACAAAACAUCUGCUCCUGUCAUCCUUCCCAAACGAAAAAAGAAUGAACGUCGCCCUCCACAUCGCGGUGGCAGAGGACGUGGUCGUGGAGGAAAAGACGGCGGAAAGGAACGGCCUGGUCUCAUCGAAUCUUCGGGCAUCUUCUCCGAAGGCCUAAGCGGAGCAGAUCCCGGCCGACGUGUAAAACCAAAGGUUGAAUCGAGUGAUGGAGGAGUCGUCACAGGAUACGUGAAGCAGGAACCUGUCCCGAUUGAGGAAGACAAGAAAGUUGGCAAUGUCCUCUCAGCCUAUGCUGGCUAUGAAGAGCUUUGGCAAAGCGAUGAUGAAGGAGACUUGCAGGAACUAAGCGAGCUUCUUAGAGAUGGGUUCAUCUCUGACUACAAGUGUGGUACCGUACUACCGCAUGUGCUUCCCCUCGAACUUCAGUCUCAGUUUAUUGAUCUGAUGGAUAAUAGUGUUAAAGCUCGAAUUCUUGAGGAAGAGGAGGCGUUAAAGGCUGAAAUCGACACCGACACUAAAGAGCACGUACACGAAGAAGCAGGUGGCGAUGAUGAAGCGAAUGAAGAAAGUCCUACUUUGAAACAUAGUCGAAAAGCCGCACGGAUUCUGAGGAAUGUGCUCAUGAGUGAGAGACGCGAGAACGAACUUUUUAUGCUUCAACUGCCUGGUAUCUUGAAAGUCCUCAGCCAGGAGAAACCUUCAGAAGACAAACUUGUGUUCAACAAUUGUCGGCCAAAUGGAAAUGCAAAAGUGGAUGCGACAGAAGGGAGGUUGUUGCCAGACUCCAUUGAAAAGGCCACAGUGGAACAACUGAGUUUACCAUCUGGUCGAUGUAUUGGCAAAUUGGUGAUCACAAAAGACGGCCGAGUAUUGCUGAAAUCAGGUGGGCAAACGAUGGACGUCGCCCACACUGCAUCAGAAGGUCAGCAUCAGGGCGUCGUCAUGGUGGAGACUGUCCCGCAGUCACCUGAUGACUAUGCGAUGCAUAACGGAAGCGGACGGUUUGGGGAUUCUUACGGAGGAGGAAGCGGCAAUCGCAACGCUGUUUACUAUAUGGGAAACGUUCGCCACAAUUUCACGGCAUCGUUAGAUUGGACUCAACUGAGGCCCGUCGGAGCGGAGCCCCUACAUUCCCGACUUCCUGGAAACCGUCAUAUGAAUUCGGUUGUAUCUGUAGAGCUCAGAAUGAACGAUGGAGCUGUUUGUUGGCAAGAACGCUACCAAAUCAAUCAUUUGAUUAUUACGUUAUCGCGUGGUGCCAUCCCGAAAACUGACAGCCGUCUCGAGGCCGGCCGUCCUAGGACGCGUGCGGUUGCUGCGCGGUUCGCUCAAUGGAUCGGAACAGAUCAUAUUGAUUUAUUGAUCGGACUUCGUCAAUAUCGCGUGCUUCAUGAGCAGCAGAGUAAAGUGGAUCUCUGA